CCUGAUUCUGCUCGUGCUUCUGAUUCUCAUCUUCAGCUUUGUCAGAUUGUUGGACGGAUCAUCAGUUUGUUGGAUUAUGGCGCCGACAGGUUCUUCAGGUCAGAGGGUGGUGAUGAGCAGUCAGGUGUCCACCUGCUGUAAGAACAAGCUACGGUGGAACCUGAGUCCUGAGCAGAUCCAGCAGCAUUCUGAAGAGCUCAUCACCAGAACCAAGAAGGUCUAUGACCAGGUUGGUGCGCUGAACCUGGAUGAGGUUGCCUAUGAAAACACUCUGAAGGCCCUGGCUGACACGGAGGUGGACUACACGGUCCAAAGGAACAUGCUGGACUUCCCUCAGCACGUGUCGCCCUGUAAGGAGGUGCGAGCGGCGAGCACCGAGGCGGACAAGAGGCUGUCCGAGUUUGACGUGGAGAUGAGCAUGAGGGAGGACGUCUACCAGAGGAUUGUGGCUUUGGAGAAGAAGAUCAACAGUGAGAGUUUGACUGCAGAGAGCAGACGCUACAUGGAGCGACUGCUCAAACUGGGGAAGAGGAACGGCCUGCACCUGGCCAGAGACACGCAGGAGGAGAUCAAAGCCAUCAAGAAGAAGCUGAACAACCUGAGCAUCGAUUUCAACAAGAACCUGAACGAGGACACCACCAGCUUGUCCUUCCUCAGAGACGAACUGGGUGGACUCCCUGAGGACUUCCUCAACUCUCUGGAGAAGGACGGUGAGAAGCUGAAGGUCACACUGAAGUAUCCGCACUACUUCCCCACUAUGAAGAAGUGCUUCGUCCCAGAAACUCGCAGGAAGCUCGAAGAAGCCUUCAACUCCCGCUGUAAAGAGGAGAACUCCGCUAUCCUGAAGGAGUUGGUGGAACUUCGAGCUCAGAAAUCUUCUCUGCUCGGCUUCAGCACGCAUGCCGACUUCGUCCUGGAGAUGAACAUGGCCAAGUCUGGAAAGAAGGUGGCCAACUUCUUGGAGGAGCUGGUCUGUAAACUGAAGCCACUGGGUGAUGAAGAACAAUCAGUCAUUCUCAAACUAAAGGAGAAGGAAUGUGAAAAAAGAGGUUUACCUUUCAACUGGAAGCUGUAUGCUUGGGACACACGCUACUUCAUGACCCAGGUCGAGGAGCUGCACUACGCUGUGGACCAGAACAAGUUAAAGGAGUAUUUUCCCAUGGAGGUGGUGACUCAGGGUCUCCUGGACAUCUACCAGGAGCUGCUGGGUCUGAGCUUUGAGCAGGUUGAAAAUGCUGCCGUCUGGCAUCCUGACGUCACGCUGUACUCUGUGAAGGACUGCAGCAGCGGGGAGAUGAUUGGCCAGUUCUACCUGGACCUGUACCCCAGAGACGGUAAAUAUGGACAUGCCGCCUGUUUUGGACUGCAGCCGGGCUGUCUCCUGUCCGACGGCACACGUCAGAUGUCUGUGGCAGCUAUGGUGGCCAAUUUCAGCAAGCCCAUGGCCGAUGCCCCGUCGUUGCUCCAGCACGAUGAGGUGGAGACCUAUUUCCAUGAGUUUGGACACGUCAUGCACCAGCUGUGUGCCAAGGCAGACUAUGCCAUGUUCAGCGGGACGCAUGUUGAGCGGGACUUUGUGGAAGCUCCGUCUCAGAUGCUGGAGAACUGGGUUUGGGAGAAGGAGCCGCUGCAGAGGAUGUCCCGACACUACAAGACCGGCGACGCCAUUCCUGACGACUUUCUUGACAAACUUAUUAAAUCCCGCCUCGCCAACACAGGACUCUUUAACCUGAGACAGAUCGUUCUGGCCAAGGUGGACCAGGCGCUCCACACCGGGAGCGGCCUUGAUGCUGCCGAACUGUACGGACAUCUGUGCCAGGAGAUCCUGGGAAUUCCUGCUUCUGCAGGUACCAACAUGCCAGCGACCUUCGGCCACUUGGCUGGCGGUUACGAUGCGCAGUACUAUGGCUACUUGUGGAGCGAGGUUUACUCCAUGGACAUGUUCUACACUCGCUUCAAGCAGGACGGCAUCAUGAACCCAAAGGUGGGUCUGGACUACAGGAAGUUUAUCCUGCAGCCUGGUGGCUCUGAAGAUGCCUCCGAGAUGCUGAGGAAGUUCCUCGGGCGGGAACCCAAACAGGAUGCGUUCCUACUGAGCAAAGGACUUUCACUGGAGCAGCAGGCGAGCACGCCAUGCCCCUGCUGACCAAUCACAGCAGCCCACCCACGACUCAGCCACCGAGGAGCACAGGGAAAAGAACGAGCCUGUAAAAUAUUCACAUGGAAAGAAAUUUUUAGCAAAUAAAGAAAUUUUAGCCUCA